GGAGAGGGGAGGGCGGAGGCGAGAGGGAAGGGAAAAGGGGAGGGGCCCCAUUUGCGAGCAGUGUGAUUGGAUUGGAAGGAGGAAGUUACUGGCGACUGAGUCACACGAUCGGACACGCAGCAGCAGCUAAUAUACAAGUGUUCGAUUGCGAGCUCUCUUUUCUGCUGAUUUCUUUGGCAGGCAGGCAGGCAGGCAAGGCAUCGACGAGGAGAUUGCUUGCUGCCAUCCGUCCUUGUAGUAGUAUCCCGAAUGGUUUGUACGUAAGUGUCUGGAGCGGAGCGAGCUUGAAGAGGAGGCUGGGAGGGAGGCAGGCAGGCAGGGAGGACGAGCACGAGGACGAAGGGGACGACGAGGACGAGGAGAGGAAGAAUCUACAAGGACUGACGGCUGCGCCUCGAGCUUUGAACCAUGUCUUACGCGUACCUCUUCAAGUAUAUUAUCAUAGGCGACACUGGUGUCGGGAAAUCAUGCCUUCUUUUGCAAUUCACAGACAAACGGUUCCAGCCCGUACAUGAUCUAACUAUCGGCGUGGAGUUUGGUGCGCGCAUGAUCACGAUCGAUAGCAAACCUAUCAAACUCCAAAUCUGGGAUACGGCUGGACAAGAGUCAUUUCGGUCGAUCACAAGGUCUUACUAUAGAGGCGCAGCUGGGGCUCUACUUGUCUACGAUAUCACCAGGAGAGAAACAUUCAAUCACCUUGCAAGUUGGCUGGAAGAUGCACGGCAACACGCAAAUUCCAAUAUGACUAUUAUGCUUAUCGGGAACAAGUGCGAUCUUGCUCAUAGAAGAGCUGUUAGCACGGAAGAAGGUGAACAAUUUGCGAAGGAGAAUGGACUGGUGUUUAUGGAAACAUCUGCGAAAACAGCUUUUAAUGUUGAAGAGGCAUUUAUAAACACGGCGGCAAAGAUUUAUCAGAAGAUCGAGGAGGGAAUUUUUGAUGUGUCUAAUGAGUCCUACGGUAUCAAAGUAGGUUACGGAGGAGGAGCUGGCACGGCAGGGGCAGGCCGAGGGGACGCGUCAUUGGCUCCCAAAGGUGGUUGCUGUGGUUGAUGAAAGCCCUGCAGACGGAGUAGAAGCUGACGUGUCAUGGCUCACGGUUGAUUUGUUACAAUUGAAUGUUUCUUGUCACUGGUGUAUAAAUGUUGGAAGAGUCUGUUCUCGGACAAGUAAAACGCUAUGUUAUGCCACUGGAGGAUGCCUCGGCAGCCUUCAUGCUGGACGUCAAAGUCGACCGUUUACAGCUUCUGUACUUGUGCCUGGCAUAGUGCCUUACUUUGGUAGCUGCGACAAAUGGAGAGGAAAUCAGCCAUCCGUCACUAGGACCAUCGCUUACUUUGUUCCUUGCAGUCUGCUUACUUUGUUUCUUGCAACUGCGAGGAUUGUCUGGCCUCUUUUGUUGAAUAAGGUUUACGCUUUGUACAGUUUUGGCUGGUCAAUGCUAUUAGGUCAAGCAUUGAAUUACCUCUAUAUACAUGAUUUAUUUCUGUGUGGUAUAUCAAACCUUUUGUCACGCUUGGUCAUCGAUGAAGGUUUCCAAGUGGUGCGUUGUAAUGGUGAAGAUUUGGGACUUGGACAACACACGUAUUACAGGCAGUUUAGGAUUGAAGCGUAGAAAUUGAACAUAUUUAUCUUGUCUAUCAUGUGGAAGAUGAAGCUUGGAAGUUUGUGUUCACAAGCUUCAUGGCUCCCGGUGCCAAACAGUGUCAUGUUUUAGUCAGCAAACUCUUGAUAAAGGUGAAUAUGUGACUGUUCGAUUCUGAGACUCGACCCGUAGGACCGGGAGUGGCUUGAGAUCUCGCUUUCAGCUUGUCUGUUUGAUGAACCAGUCACCUUGUCUUUGUCAAGGUGCAUGAAUUGUACCAAUUCAGAGGCUAUGUAAUGUAUCAAGCAAAUAUUCUAAAAGUUUUAUCCUGGACGAGUCUCAAGACGCACAAUAGCCUAAAGCUCAUGAACUUUCCAAACACAGCUGUCAA